AAAGUGACACACAAAAUGAUCCAUCUCCACCUCUGAAGUUCCAGACCUGUAUAUAAGACCGUGGUUGGUAGAGUCGGUCUCCGACUAUUUGUGAGACGACUGUUCUCGUUCUCUUUUCGAGACAUCUAUAACGAAUAACGAUGGAUUUCCAAAAUCGCCCGGGCGGCAAAACCGGCGGUGGCGGGGUCGCCUCCUGGUCGGAGAGUAAUCGCGACCGUCGGGAGCGUCUCCGUCAGCUCGCCAUGGAGACGAUCGACUUGAACAAAGAUCCGUAUUUUAUGAAAAAUCAUCUGGGCUCGUACGAGUGUAAACUGUGUCUCACUCUGCACAACAACGAGGGUAGCUACCUGGCGCACACGCAGGGUAAGAAGCAUCAGGCCAACUUGGCCAGGAGAGCCGCUAAGGAAGCCAAGGAGGCGCCGCAGACUCUGGCACCGGAGAAACCCAGGGUCGAGCCGAAGAAAUUCGUGAAAAUCGGUCGACCUGGUUAUCGAGUCACCAAGCAGCGCGACCCGGAAUCCGGCCAGCAGAGUCUCCUGUUCCAAGUGGAUUACCCAGAGGUGGCGGACAAUGUGAUCCCGCGACACAGGUUUAUGUCCGCCUACGAGCAGAGGGUCGAGCCACCGGAUCGCAAAUGGCAAUAUCUAUUGUUUGCAGCCGAGCCAUACGAAACUAUCGCCUUCAAGGUACCCAGCAGGGAAGUGGAGAAGGCGGAAGGCAAGUUUUGGACUCACUGGAACAAAGAUACAAAACAGUUUUUCCUGCAAUUUGCAUUUAAGAAUGAGAAACCGUCCGUUGGCAAAGUACCGCCGCCACCAGUUCCCCUGAUACGGCCCGGAUUGGGUCCAAUGGUACCGGUACCACCACCACCACCUAGACCACCAAUGUUUAAUCCUGUACCACCACCGCCAGCUCUUUUGGCAACUGGAAUGCAAAUACCUCCUCCACCACCUCAUCUAGCAUAAGGAAUUUGAGAAGCUGAAUGGAAUCAUUUCAUUAACAAAGCUCCUGCAGAGUUUUUUUUCCUUCAAGAAUAAAAGGAAUAUUUCUCAUUGGAAUUUUGAUAUCGACGUGCAAGAUCUACAUGUUAAAACCAAAUUUACACGAAGGAAAAAAACAAUAUUUAAAACAUGAUAGAAUGGAUAUAUUUAUAAGGUUGGACUAAUUCGUGAAACGAAUAAUGUAAUUUAAAAAACUGUUUAUUAUGUUUUUGGAAUACAUCCUUCCUUUCGAUC